AUGUCUGACUCGGUAAUUCUUCGCAGUGUGAAGAAAUUUGGAGAGGAAAAUCAUGCUUUUGAGUCAGAUGGAUCAUAUAGCAAUGAUAAGAAAUCAAAGUUACAAGAUCAGAAGAAAGGUGAAGGUGCUCAAGUUGGCUUCUUUCAACUGUUUCGAUUUUCUUCAUCGACUGACAUUUGGCUGAUGUUUAUGGGAAGUUUAUGUGCAUUUCUCCAUGGACUAGCCCAGCCAGGCAUGCUCCUUGUUUUUGGUGUAAUGACAGACAUUUUUGUAGACUAUGACAUUGAAGUACAAGAACUCAUGGUUCCAGGAAAAGCAUGCGUGAAUAACACCAUAGUCUGGAUCAACAGCUCCCUCAGCCAGAACGUGACAAAUGGAACAAGUUGUGGGUUGCUGAAUGUUGAAAGUCAAAUGAUCACCUUUGCGGCUAUCUAUGCUGGAGUUGGCCUUGCAGUACUUAUCGCAGGAUAUAUUCAAAUAUGCUUUUGGGUAAUUGCUGGAGCUCGACAGAUACAGAAAAUGAGAAAAUUUUACUUUAGGAGAAUUAUGAGAAUGGAAAUUGGAUGGUUCGACUGUACUUCUGUGGGAGAGCUGAAUGCAAGAUUCUCUGAUGAUAUUAAUAAAAUCAAUGAUGCCAUUGCUGACCAGCUGUCCAUUUUCAUCCAGCGUAUGACAACAGCCAUCAGUGGGUUCCUGGUGGGAUUUUACAGGGGUUGGAAACUGACCUUGGUUAUUAUUUCUGUCAGUCCUCUCAUUGGGAUUGGGGCAGCCAUCAUUGGACUGAGUGUGGCUAAGUUCACAGACUUUGAAUUGAAGGCCUAUGCCAAAGCAGGCUCUGUGGCUGAGGAAGUUAUUUCAUCCAUGAGAACAGUGGCUGCUUUUGGUGGUGAGAAAAAAGAAGUUGAAAGAUAUGAGAAAAAUCUUGUGUUUGCCCAGCGCUGGGGAAUUAGAAAAGGGAUGGUGAUGGGAUUUUUUACUGGAUACAUGUGGUGCCUCAUCUUUUUAUGCUAUGCCCUGGCCUUCUGGUAUGGCUCCACACUCGUCUUGGAUGAAGAAGAGUACACACCUGGAAUCCUGGUCCAGAUUUUCCUCAACAUCAUAGUAGCAGCUAUAAAUCUUGGCCACGCGUCUUCUUCUUUGGAAGCCUUUGCCACUGGGCGUGCAGCAGCUGCCAAGAUUUUUGAGACAAUAGACAGGGAACCCAUUAUUGACUGCAUGUCAGAAGAUGGUUACAAGCUGGAUCGAAUCAAGGGUGAAAUUGGAUUCCAUAAUGUGACCUUCCACUAUCCUUCCAGGCCAGAAGUGAAGAUUCUGACUAACCUCAACAUGGUCAUUAAGCCAGGGGACAUGACAGCUCUGGUGGGAGCCAGUGGAGCCGGGAAAAGCACAGCACUGCAGCUCAUUCAGAGAUUCUAUGACCCCUGCGAAGGCAUGGUGACUCUGGAUGGCCAUGACAUUCGCUCUCUCAACAUCAGGUGGCUGAGAGAUCAGAUUGGGAUAGUGGAGCAAGAGCCAGUUCUGUUCUCCACCACCAUAGCAGAAAAUAUCCGUUAUGGCAGAGAAGAGGCGACAAUGGAAGAUAUAGUUAGAGCUGCCAAGGAAGCCAAUGCCUACAACUUCAUCAUGUCCCUGCCUCAGCAAUUUGACACCUUUGUUGGAGAAGGAGGAAGCCAGAUGAGUGGCGGUCAGAAACAAAGGAUUGCUAUUGCGAGAGCCCUUAUCCGAAACCCCAAAAUCCUGCUUUUGGACAUGGCCACCUCGGCGCUGGACAAUGAGAGUGAGGCCAGAGUACAAGAAGCGCUGAGUAAGAUUCAGCAUAAGCACACCAUUGUCUCAGUUGCCCAUCGCCUAUCCACGGUCAGAGCUGCAGAUGUGAUCGUCGGUUUUGAACAUGGCACAGCAGUGGAAAGAGGCACCCAUGAAGAGCUGUUGGAGAGAAAAGGUGUCUACUUCACACUAGUGACUUUGCAAAGUCAGGGAGAUGAAGCCCCCAAGGAAGAGGGUGGAAAAGAGGCAUCUGAAGGUGACAUACUUGAGAGGACCUUUGGAAGAGGGAGCUACCAGGAUAGUUUAAGAGCUUCCAUACGUCAACGCUCCAGGUCUCAGCUUUCUCACCUGGCACAUGAACCUCCGCUGGCUAUUGUCAAUCACAAGACUUCUUAUGAAGAAGACAAAAAAGACGAGGACAUUCUUGAGGAAGAAGUUACCCCUGUCCCAGUUAAAAGGAUUCUGAAAUUCAAUGCUCCCGAGUGGCACUACAUGUUGGUGGGGGCUUUGUGUGCAGCCAUGAAUGGGGCAGUCACCCCCAUCUAUGCCUUUUUAUUCAGCCAGCUUCUUGGGACUUUUUCACUUCCUGAUAAAGAAAAACAAAGAUCAGAGAUUUAUGGCAUGUGCCUAUUUUUUGUAGCUAUGGGUUGUGUGUCCAUGUUGACCCAAUUUCUGCAGGGCUACACUUUUGCUAAAUCUGGUGAGCUCCUCACAAAACGGCUGCGUAAAUUUGGCUUCAUGGCGAUGUUAGGGCAAGAUAUUGGCUGGUUUGAUGACCUCAGAAAUAACCCUGGAGUACUGACAACAAGGCUUGCUACAGAUGCCUCUCAAGUUCAAGGGGCUGCCGGCUCUCAAAUUGGGAUGUUGGUCAAUUCCUUCGUUAACAUCAUUGUGGCCAUGAUCAUUGCCUUCCUCUUUAGCUGGAAGCUCAGCCUGGUUGUCGUGUGUUUCUUCCCUUUCUUGGCUCUAUCAGGAGUCCUACAGACAAGAAUGCUGACGGGAUUUGCGGCUCAAGACAAGAAGGCUCUGGAAAGGGCAGGACAGAUUACCAGUGAAGCCCUGGGUAACAUCCGCACAGUUGCUGGAAUUGGAAUGGAGAAGCGGUUUAUAGAAGUAUUUGAGGUUGAACUAGAGAAGUCAUUCAAGACAGCUAUUAAGAAAGCGAAUAUUUAUGGGUUCUGUUUUGCAUUUUCCCAAAGCAUUGCAUUUAUUACAAAUUCUGCUUCCUAUAGAUAUGGAGGUUACUUAAUUCCCCAUGAAGGGCUCCAUUUCAGCUAUGUGUUCAGGGUGAUCUCUGCAGUUGUGUUGAGUGCAACAGCUGUUGGAAAAACCUUCUCUUACACUCCCAAUUAUGCCAAAGCUAAAAUCUCAGCUGCACGCUUAUUUCAACUCUUAGACCGAAGACCCCCUAUAAGUGUCUACAAUGAUAGGGGUGAAAAGUGGGACAACUUCCAAGGGAAGAUUGACUUCAUUGACUGUAAAUUUUCAUAUCCUUCUCGACCUGAUACACAAGUUCUGAAUGGUCUCUCAGUGUCUGUCAAUCCAGGACAGACACUGGCAUUUGUUGGAAGCAGUGGCUGUGGUAAAAGCACCAGUAUCCAGUUGUUGGAACGUUUCUAUGAUCCUGAUCAAGGGAAAGUGAUGAUAGAUGGUCACGAUAGCAAAAGAGUAAAUGUUCAGUUCCUGCGCUCGAACAUUGGAAUAGUCUCCCAGGAGCCAGUGUUGUUUGCCUGUAGCAUACUGGACAACAUCAAGUAUGGGGACAACACCAAAGAAAUCCCCAUGGACAGAGUCCUAGCAGCUGCAAAGCAGGCUCAGCUGCAUGACUUUGUCAUGUCACUCCCAGAGGUAAGUACCAUAAAAUAUGAAACCAAUGUUGGGACUCAGGGCUCUCAACUUUCUCGAGGGGAAAAACAACGCAUUGCUAUUGCUCGGGCCAUUGUGCGAGAUCCUAAAAUCUUGCUACUAGAUGAAGCUACUUCUGCCCUAGACACAGAAAGUGAAAAGACAGUGCAGAUUGCUCUGGACAAAGCCAGGGAGGGGCGGACCUGUAUUGUCAUCGCCCAUCGCUUGUCCACCAUCCAAAACUCAGACAUCAUCGCUGUCAUGUCACAAGGGGUAGUCAUUGAGAAGGGAACCCAUGAAGAACUGAUGGCCCAGAAGGGAGCCUACUACAAGCUGGUCAGCACUGGAGCCCCCAUCAGUUGACGUGACUCAAGACCUUCACCCAGGCACAGAUGAAGUUACCAGGGGCACCAAGGGUUGUCCAGGUGGUCAUCACGUCUCACUUUCACAGACAUAUACAUGUUGGGAUCAAAGCUAAUUUCUAGCAAACUUGAGUAUGAUUUAGUUUGAAAAAUCUGCACGGGAAAUGAAAGAAACUAGGGUCAGUGUGAGCGAAACAUCCAAGGUCAUGCAGCUACUUGGCUAACACCAAGGGCUUCUCUAGGUAGAAGUUGGUUGCAUGUGAGAGAUAGUGAGGCGUCAUGGAGCAAAUGGCUUUGAACUCCAGAGCAGAGGAGUGUUUGCAUUAUUGAAAGCUUCUUGUACAGCGACCUGCUCUGUAAAGAGGCACUGACAAACGUGUAUGGAGCUACAGCAAGAAGAAACGUGAA